CGUGUGUGGGUUGAGGAGGAGGGGUUGUUGAUGGGAUUAAAAAGAAAAAUUCCAAUGAAGUGACUUAGGGUUUUUGCAGAGUCUCUUACAUAUAAAAGGAAGUCCUUAUCUGGUAGUAUCGGUUAGCUCUUACACCUCACAAUCUGUUCCAAACCCACGUAAGCUUCAAGGGAGAUGGAUGUGGAAAGGUUGAAGAAGAUGGCCAGUUCUGUUCGAACUGGUGGAAAGGGUACCAUGAGAAGGAAGAAGAAGGCUGUCCACAAGACUACUACCACAGAUGACAAGAGGCUUCAAAGCACCCUGAAGAGAAUAGGGGUGAAUGCUAUCCCUGCAAUUGAGGAAGUAAACAUCUUUAAGGAUGAUGUAGUUAUCCAGUUUUUAAACCCUAAAGUACAAGCAUCUAUUGCUGCCAAUACUUGGGUUGUUAGUGGUUCUCCUCAGACAAAGAAGUUGCAGGAUAUUCUCCCUAACAUCAUCCACCAAUUAGGGCCAGAUAACUUGGAAAACCUGAAGAAACUAGCUGAACAAUUUCAGAAGCAGGCACCUGAAGCAGGAGCUGGUGCAACCACAGCACAGGAGGAUGAUGAUGAUGACGCUGUCCCGGAUCUUGUUCCAGGAGAGACUUUUGAGGCAGUUGCUGAGGAGACUAAGUCUUAGAAUUCUUUUUCUGUGUCGUCCUUUAUAUAUUUUGGAUGUUUUUUAAGCUUUUUGCUUUCAUUUUUGUCCUUUUAAAAUUGAAAGUUUUUCAGGUGUUGUUUAUACUUUAAAUUCUUAAAACACUCUUAAUUAAUGGCCCCAUCAUCUAACUGCAAAGUGUUACUAUCUGACUGCACCUGAGUUUGUGUAUUGUAUGUUCAUUUUUCGAGGAAAAAAAUCAAUUUUGUUAAUUUA